AUGCCGGCCAUGGUCGGUGGGCCACUAUCAUACUCAUCAGGCGGAGGAUCGCCAGGAAUUGGCAGUGGAAAUGGCAGUGGCGGCGGAAACCUUUCUCCAGUUCACCACCACCACCACCACCACCCGGAAAACGCCACCGCCGUCGUCCAGCCCUCGCCCAGCCACUCGACGGGCGCCAACUCGGUCGCUUCCUCCUCGGCCGCCUGGAGCGACGCCUUCAGCGCCUCCUACUCGGACACGGACAACAGCCGCGAUGUGAUCAUCCGCGUGCGCACUGAGGAGCGCGAGGCGGAGUACACCCGCUACGAGCGGUACCGCAUCUUCGUGGGCACCUGGAACGUCAACGGCCAGCAGACCAAUGAGGAGGCGGCGAUGAGGGAGGCCUUCCUCGGCGUGGACCGCCAACAGCCGCCCGACUUCUACGCCAUCGGCUUCCAGGAGCUGGACCUCAGCCGCGAGGCGUACCUCUUCGACAACUACCAGCGGGAGCAGUACUGGCUGAAGCUAGUCACGAGGAGUCUCCACCCGAAGGCCUCCUAUGAGAUGGUCAAGUCCGAUCGGUUGAUUGGCAUGAUGCUGGUCAUCUUUGCCCGCAAGGAGCUGGUGCCCUUCAUCAACAACAUCGAGGCGUCUCACGUGGGCACGGGCAUUCUCGGCAAAAUGGGCAACAAGGGCGGCGUGGCGAUUCGCUUUGAUCUGCACGAAACUAGCCUCUGCUUUGUCAACUGCCACCUGGCCGCCCAUGUGGAGCAGUUUGAGCGGCGUAACCAGGACUUUAAGGAGAUUCGCAAUCGGCUGCUCUUUCCGCAGCCCUUCAAAGCGCCGCGGCGCAUUGAGGAUCACAAUCAAAUCUACUGGUUCGGCGACCUGAACUACCGCGUGAUGUACCUGAGCACCGAGCAGAUCAAGGGAAUGCUGGAUCGCGGCCAGUACGAGGUGAUCCUCGAGAACGAUCAGCUGAAGAAGCAGAAGGACCUGCGGAACGUCUUUGAGGGCUACCUCGAGGGGGCGAUUCACUUUCCGCCCUCGUACAAGUACAACCCCGGCACCGACGAGUGGGACUCGAGUGAGAAGCGCCGCCCGCCGGCCUGGUGCGACCGCGUCCUCUGGCGGGCCUCGCCGGACAUUGUCCAGCUGGCCUACCGGUCGCAUCCGCAGCUGAAGGCCUCCGACCACAAGCCGGUCUCCUCGCUCUUCCUCAGCUCAUUCCGCAUCACCGACCAGGCGGCGAAGCGGAAGGUCUACGAAGAUGUGAUGAAGCGGCUGGACAAGGAGGAGAAUGACUACCUGCCGGCGGUGGAGAUCGNCCCGCGCUUCAUCACCAAACCCAACGAAACGAGCUACUGCAAGGACUGGCUACGCAUCACGCCCUCCUCGGCCAGCAUAGCUCGCAAUGAGACGGUGGAGAUCCGCUUUGAGCUCUCCUUUGAGGUGCCCGCCACCUACACCCGCCUCAACUACGGCCUGGAGAGGCUCUCCGACACGCUGGUCCUCCGGCUGCUGGGCGGCAAGGACAUCUUCAUCACCGUCACCGGCGACUACCGACCUUCGGCCUUCGGUUGCCUCCUCGAGACGCUCAUCAGCCUGCACGACCGCCCAAUGGCCGACGUGGACAGUCCCAAGGAGUUGGCCAAGCUAGGUGGUGGUGGAGAGCCGUGGGACGAGGCGGUGAGGAGGGCGUUGGAUCCGCUCAGGUCGGCGAAGCAGCAACAGCAGGGAAACAAGUCGGCAGACUUUGGUAUUGAGCCCAGUAGUUCUGCUUCUGUUGCUGUCACUGCCACCACCGUUCCAGUGGAUCUGCUCAUUGACCUUUCCUUUGAUGAUCCGCCCAUCAAGAAGACGCCCUCGCAGCAGUUGCUGGAGUUGGUAAUCGCCGACCUGCCCGACUCUCACCGACGCGUCUUUGAGUACCUGAUACUCUUCCUCAAGGAGCUGCUCUCCUACUCGGCGAUGAACAAGCUGAACGCCACUGUCGUCG